UUUAUUUGUUGCACGUUUUGUUUUACAUGCUGCUAUUAUUCUAUCGGACUUGCAUAAUAAAAAUAAUACAUUUAUGAAUUCUUGAAUAUUCAUAUCCAUUACUAAUUCAUCCCAUAUUGCAUUUCCUUUUCCAUUUGCUUGUGUGAAACCCUAGAAUCUUAUCCCAAAUUCACUCUCAAGAUCGAGUCUUUUACACAGAAGGGGUCAAGAUUAUCACUCAAUUCAAUCUCAGAGAUCAUUUGAACAAUUCCCAUUUGAAGAUAACAAGCAAAUUCUGGGUUUUGGGGUUUCGUGUUGAGAUUUUGAGGGAGUGUUUAAUUUCGGGAGGAGGAAUAGAAGAGAAGUUUUGGCAAAAUGAUGUCAAGAUCUUAUACCAAUCUUCUGGAUUUGGCGUCUGGGAAUUUCCCUGUAAUGGGCAAGGAGAAGGAGCGAAAGCGGUUCCCUAGGGUAAUGACAGUCCCUGGGAGUAUACUCGAGCUAGAUGAUGACCAGACUAAUAGUGUUACAUCAGAAAACCCAUCUUCAGUUUCUGGUGAAAGAAUGAUUAUUGUAGCAAAUCUUUUGCCUUUGAAAGCAAAGCGAAGGCCAGACAAUAAAGGGUGGAAUUUUAGUUGGAAUGAGGAUUCAUUGCUUUUGCGGGUUAAGGAUGGCUUUCCGGAAGACAUGGAGGUGCUGUAUGUUGGGUCAUUACCUGUUGAUGUCGAUCCAAUUGAACAGGAUGACGUAGCCAAUUAUAUUUUGGAAAAAUUCAAGUGCGUCCCUGCCUUUCUUCCACCUAAUCUUCUGGGAAAAUAUUACGAUGGCUUUUGCAAGAAGCAGUUGUGGCCACUUUUCCACUACAUGUUGCCGUUUUCAGCUAAUCAUGGAAGUCGGUUUGAUCGUUCAAUGUGGGAAGCCUAUGUGUCCGUAAAUAGGCUGUUUUCUCAGAAAGUGGUCGAGGUGCUAAAUCCUGAGGAUGAUUUUGUUUGGAUUCACGACUAUCAUUUGAUGGUGCUCCCCACAUUUUUGAGGAGGCGGUUUGUCCGAUUGAGAAUGGGUUUUUUCCUUCACAGUCCUUUUCCAUCAUCUGAGAUAUACAGGACACUUCCUGUUAGAGAAGAAAUCCUUAGGGCCCUACUCAACUCUGACCUUAUUGGCUUUCAUACCUUUGAUUAUGCUCGGCAUUUCCUAUCCUGUUGCAGUCGGAUGUUGGGCUUGGAAUAUCAAUCAAAAAGGGGUUAUAUAGGACUAGAUUACUAUGGAAGGACAGUUGGAAUAAAGAUUAUGCCAGUUGGGAUACAUAUGGGCCAUAUUGAAUCAGCAAUGGAACUUGCAGAUAAAGAGCAGAAGUUCGAGCAGCUGCAGCAACAGUUUGAAGGUAAAACGGUUUUACUUGGAGUUGAUGACAUGGACAUUUUCAAAGGUAUCAAUUUGAAGCUUUUAGCUAUGGAGCACAUGCUCAAGCAGCAUCCAAAUUGGCAAGGAAGGGUAAUACUGGUGCAGAUUUGCAAUCCUGCUAGAGGGAAAGGAAGACAUUUGGAGGAAUUAAAAGUUGAAAUAGAGGAGAGCUGCCAGAGAAUCAAUAAGGAAUUUGGGAAGCCUGGAUAUGAGCCUAUAGUUUUUAUUCAUAGACCUGUAUCAAUAAGUGAAAGAAUGGCAUAUUACAGUAUUGCCGAAUGUGUUGUGGUUACAGCUGUGAGGGAUGGGAUGAAUCUGACUCCUUAUGAAUACACUGUCUGCAGACAAGGAGUAUCAGGUGCAGAAACUGGUUCAAAUCUGAGUGGACCCAAGAAAAGCAUGCUAGUUGUAUCCGAAUUUAUUGGGUGUUCUCCUUCCCUCAGUGGUGCAAUUCGUGUUAAUCCGUGGAAUUUUGAAACAACUGCUGAGGCAAUUAACGAGGCGAUAUCAAUGGCUGAAUCAGAAAAAGAGUUGCGGCACGAGAAGCAUUAUCGUUAUCUUAGAACCCACGACGUAGCUUUUUGGUCAAGGAGCUUCUUGCAAGAUAUGGAGAGAACUUGUGCAGACCAUUUCAGUAAAAGAUGCUGGGGGAUUGGUCUAGGCUUUGGGUUCCGAGUGGUGGCUUUAGAUCCUAAUUUUAGAAAGCUAUCUGUAGAUGAUAUAGUGGCAGCUUACCGUAGUGCUAAAAGCAGGGCUAUAUUUUUGGAUUAUGAUGGCACAUUGAUGCCUCCAACUUCUAUUAUCAAGACUCCAAGUUCACAAAUUCUCUCUAUCUUGAACAGACUUUGUGGAGAUCCAAAUAAUACUGUUUUCAUGGUGAGUGGAAGAGGGAGGGAAAGCUUGAGCAGGUGGUUUUCACCUUGCAAGAAGCUGGGACUUGCCGCGGAACAUGGGUACUUUUUGAGGUGGCCACAACAUGAAGAUUGGGAAACAUACGGCCAGAGUUCUGAAUUUGGAUGGAUGCAACUCGCUGAACCUGUUAUGAAAUCAUAUACUGAGGCUACUGAUGGUUCUGAAAUAGAACGAAAGGAAAGUGCUUUAGUCUGGCAUUAUCAGGAUGCAGAUUCCGGGUUUGGUUUUGCUCAGGCAAAAGAGAUUUUGGAUCAUCUAGAGAGCGUUUUAGCAAAUGAACCUGUUGCAGUGAAGAGCGGGCAAUUCAUUGUAGAAGUCAAGCCUCAGGGUGUUAGCAAAGGAAUAGUUGCAGAAAAAAUCUUCUCAUCAAUGGCAGAGAAGGGGAAACAGGCUGAUUUCGUGCUGUGCAUUGGGGAUGACAGAUCUGAUGAGGAUAUGUUUGAAAUAAUUGGUUCUGCAGUGUCAAGACGAAGUCUUCCCUACAACACACAAGUAUUUGCUUGUACAGUAGGUCAGAAACCCAGCAAAGCCAAAUAUUAUUUGGACGAUACAUCUGAGGUGGUAAGCAUGCUUGAAUCUGUUGCUGAAGCUUCUGAUUCUCCAGUCUCAUCUGACAAUGAAUCUGAUAUCACCGUCUAAAAAUUUAGUCGGGUUUCUUUGUUUUGUUUGGAUUUGUUUCAUUCUUUGUUGAAAUGGGAUGAUGGAAUACAUGCUUACUUGGGGUGUUAGAAUAUAGGUUCGAGGGGAAUGAAGACACCUGCUUUCUCUUUUCUUUCUUGUUAUCUCUCAUUUUUUAUUCUUUAACCCUGUCCCGAAUAGACUUUGUAUCGGUCUUGUUAAUUGCGUCAGUUUGGAUGAACUGGAAACAGAAUUUUCGUACGAAACAAGAACUCAUCAAGAUUCAAAUGCUAUUUAUGGCGGGGCUCUAGCCUGAGUCAUUGCACAA